GGACCCGGGUCCUUCCGUGCGCGUUGAUAUGAUUGGCCGGCCGGGAGCGGGCCUCUUUUCCUGCUUCAGCAGCUCGGCGCGGCCGUCAUCAUGAAUGACACAGUAACGAUCCGGACCAGGAAGUUCAUGACCAAUCGUCUGCUUCAAAGAAAACAGAUGGUUAUUGAUGUCCUUCACCCUGGGAAGGCAACAGUACCAAAGACAGAGAUUCGGGAGAAGUUAGCCAAAAUGUACAAAACCACACCAGACGUCAUCUUUGUAUUUGGAUUCAGAACUCAUUUUGGUGGUGGGAAAACAACUGGCUUUGGCAUGAUCUAUGAUUCUCUCGAUUAUGCAAAGAAGAAUGAACCCAAACACAGACUUGCAAGACAUGGCCUUUAUGAGAAGAAAAAGACCUCCCGAAAACAACGAAAGGAACGCAAGAAUAGAAUGAAGAAGGUUAGGGGGACUGCGAAGGCCAAUGUUGGUGCUGGCAAAAAGUGAGUGGAGAUUGGAUACAGGUAUAAUUCAAGCUCUUACGUAGAUCAUUAGACUCCUUAUUACUGACAUAGUUUGAGCAAGCGUGUGAACAUUUAUACAUAGAUUUGUAAGUGUACAGUUUGUAACAGUACUAACAGUGACUGUCUAAUUCAGAUAGUAACUUGUUUUUGUUUCAUUUCUAACGUGAAUGUUUACUUUCUGAAUGUUUGCAUCAUUUUCUUAGUUUCUGUUUUAGGUUGUUAAUGCUGUUUUGCAUGAGUUUCUUUUUUUAAAGAGUUUGUCUUUGAACUUUAAAGAUACUUUAAAGGUUGUUGCUGACUAAUUUUUUUUUUUUCGUUCACAGCCAAAGGAGUAGAUCCGCGGUGACUUGAUCUGCUGUUUGCAGACAAUUUCCCAGAGGACAAAUAAAUUAAAAGCUUA